GGGAAAACGGGGUGACGCGAGCCCGAAGCCCCAAGAGAACCCCGUCGUUGAACCUCUUCAGCAUAUUGAGUCUUACCGUAGGAAAAAGUUGACCACCGCGCACGUAGCAGGCUACGAUUGAGACCAACAGGUGUUUCAGCAGGCGAAAAGCAGUGAUAGCCCCACUGCUCUUUUUCUGCUGUUGUUGUUUCAGAUCUUCAGAAAAGCAGGCUAGUUUAGUCAGGUCCUCGGGGAUAUAAGGGUACACUCCCGCGGAUUCCUACCCUACCCCCUGCAAAUUCGCCUCGAGGAUCCCGAGGAUGGGUUUAAAGGACAAACGCAGACCGUCUAUCGCGCUUGACGGCCACAGCUGCCAGUUCGAGAAAGUUCCCAACACUGCCGACGUCGACCUCCCGACUGCAUGCUCCGGCACGGAGAAGGACGCCAGGAGGCGGCUCUACCUCACCGUGGCCACAACAUACAUGGCCUCGAUGUCGUUCGGCUUCUCUUGCACCUACUCCUCGCCUGCUCUGCCGGACAUACGCAAGAGCAUCGAGUUUUCGGCCUCCGACAGCGCGUGGUUCGGCUCUCUGGUCAACCUCGGAGCCGUAUUCGGUGGACUCGCCGGCGGUCAGCUGGUGAACCUGAUUGGUCGACGUGGCACGCUCUUCGUGGCCGCUGCGGUGUUCAUGGCCGGCUGGCUGUGCCUCAUGUUCGCGCCGUCCACGACGCUGCUGUUCGUGGGUCGAGUGCUGACCGGCAUCGCCGUCGGCAUAACUGCCCUGACCGUCGCCGUCUUCAUCUCCGAGAUCAGUCCGUCGAACAUACGCGGCCUGCUCAACACCGGUGCCAAUGCGAUCCUCUCAGUCGGCAUCCUGCUCACUUUCUUCUUGGGCAAGUUCCUCUCCUACCGCUGGCUGGCCACCUUUUGCCUCGCGCCCAGCGUCAUCAUGGCGCUCGCGCUCUUCUGUGUGCACGAGUCGCCGAGCUGGCUGCUUCAGAAGGGACGCCGCAAGGCCGCCAUCGCCUCGCUCCACUUCUACAAGGGUCCCAAGAUUGCCGAGGAGCUAAGCGUGCUCGACGCGAACCUGGCCAACCAGCAGCCUUUCACCCUGGUGGACGUAACCAUGCCGUGCAUCUACAAGCCGUUCUUCUGCACGCUUCUGCCGAUGUUCAUGCAGCAGGCUUCCGCCGUCUGCGUCAUUCUCUUCUACGCGCAGGACAUAUUCGAAGAUGCCGGAACAUCCAUCUCUGCUGACGACUGCACCAUCAUUGUUGGCGCUCUCCAAGUCGUCGUGCUUUUCGUCGCAACAGCGCUGACCGACCGGCUAGGACGCAAAGUGCUCCUCAUCGUCUCAUCUGCGGGAUCAAGUGCCAGCCUCGCCCUCCUAGGCAUUUCCUUCCACCUGAAAGCCACUCGUGGUCAAGAGUUUCUGGACUCCUACGGUUGGUUGCCUCUCGUAGCCAUCGCCAUAUUUUUCGCAGCGUACGCUAUGGGUCUCGGUCCGCUGCCCUGGGUGCUGUUAGGAGAACUCUUUCCGCUCAGGGCCAGAGGCUUUGCCACGGGUGUCUGCACGGCGUUCCUGUUUGCGUUAGCCUUCCUUGUCACCAAGUGUUACGACGAUCUAGUGAAGCUCAUGACCGCGGCGGGAACCUAUUGGAUGUUCGCGGGACUUCUGGCCGUCUCGCUUGUUUUGUUCAUAUUUAUUGUGCCAGAAACUAAAGGCAAGACCUUAGAAGAAAUAGAGCUCAUAUUCGGCAAGACCGACUCAUCUGCCUCUCUCGACACAAUGAACAAAGACGUCGAAAUGAAUGUGAUGUGAAAAAAUCCAAAGAAACUCACAUUCCUCCUGUAAAGGACAGUUAUUACGACAUUUCUGUGCAUCUGGCGCACAACCGACUGUUCCGCAAAGGCGCCAAAAUGUUUAGUUAUUAGGCGAAUUUUGCAUAUGCAAAACCUUCACCUUUAAGUAAUUCAGUAACCUCGGAAUGAACGCGGUAUAUUUUUUUUUAUUCUUUCUUGCUGGCAAUGACGAGAUUGCGUGUACGAUUGUUACGCCAGUGUUGAGAGUAGGCUUUCAGUGAGCGCGUUUUAGUGCUCUGUCAGUCAUCUUAAGAAAGGCUGCAGGCUUUUGAGAAGUCCCGAACCACGUUACCUAGGCGGGUUCACCGGAAAAGACAUAAUCAGAUGCCCAAUAGCGCGUCCACAAUCAAUAGAUUUAUUUAGGUAUUUAAUCCGUGCCCUUGACUAGGAGGUUAUUCCCAGUGAGAUCAUAUAAAACAAAGUAUGACCUUUCCAAUUAUACUUAUCGUUAUAACUUCACUUGUGAAUUUGAUUUCAUGGGGAGACUGCGUCGGAACUGCCUAACAAGCGAAAAAACAGUGGCUCCUUAGAGCGACAAGGCUCUUUGCUGAAGGUUACGUGAUCGCCUUCACCAAAGUGGCACAUCAAUAGUAGUAGGAAGCGUAUUGCAUUUAGUACGAGGCCCCACUGCUCAAUCAUAUCGGCCAGGAGAUGUAUGUACGAGUUAUUAUGAGAGUGAUUAUUAUUAUGAGGGUGAGAUUAUUUGAGUGAGUGAGAUUAUCUGAGUGAUUAUGUUAGAGCAAGCAUGGAGAGAUGCGGCUUUAAAAUUGACCUUAUAAGCCGAUUAGCAAUUGGCCAUUGGACACGGCUGACACAGGCCGUGGCAUUAGCGAUAGAUCAGUGCCAGUGCGAUUAUACGCGAUUCUUUUCACACUAAUAGGAAUUACCUUCCUAUUUAAACUUGUUUUCAUAAACGCUAUCUACGAAGCACUCAUGUUUUCAUAAGUUCAUGUAAGCUAGAGUUGUGUUCUAUAGUUAGGAUUCAGUCAACUGUUACGUCAGAAGACCCGGUUUGAGCGGCGCCCAAGGAGGAGUGCGUGUUGUUUUCCUGAGUACGUAAGUUGUUUGUGUAGAAAUCCACUUCCUGGCGACAGUACUGGACUAGCUAGUAUGUCUGUUUGUGCAAAGUAUUUUACUUUGACACCAAUCUGUAUGUCGGACAGUAGGCUGUACGACCAGAGGUAAUAUAACAUACAGGGUGAUCUUCUUUGUGGAAUUUUUAAAAAUCGCGUUUCAUAAUUUCUUGCUUCUUUGCAUAACCCUUGCCCUUGAGCUGAAUUAUUUGAAGAAGCAGAAAUUACUACCACCAAAAAUCGAAGCCCAUUAUCAACUAAUCAACAAAUAUUGACUAGUGAACUUCUUGAAAUUUACGAAUUAUAGCCGGUGAGCUUGCAAGACGCACUCACUUGAAAUGAAUUUCCAGGACAACACCAGUUUCGAGAUAUUAUUUCCUAAAGUAUGGAACGAAAUACAUAGGCGGUCCCGUAAAUUUUGUGCUUCAAUGUAUAAAAGAACGUUUUCUUAAAAAAGUAAGUGGACCAACAUGCAAGGUUGAUGGCGCAUCUCUCCGAACUAGUGUCAUUCUGGAAAGUCAUGCCAAGCGGAUACACCUUGCAAACUCACCGGCUACGAUUCGUAAAUUGCUAUAUGUGCCGUAAAGUAAUUAAUGCAAAAGAUAAUCAGAGGAUUCUUGUUCAUUAGUUGAAUAUUUGUUUCGGUUUUUCGUUCCAGUAAUAUCCGCCUCUCUGAAUAAUCGAGCUCAAGGACUAGAAUUAUGUUAUCUGGAACAGGCCAUUUUUACAAAUUUAAGAAAACCUAAUAAUGAUCACCCUGCAUGUGAAGAUGUGGAUGGCGUUGCACUUAACUUUAUCUUAUGUUAUAUUAGACCCGCCGUGGUUGCUUAGUGGCUGUGGUGUUGGGCUGCUAAGGACGAGGUCGCGGGAUCAAAUCCCGGCCACGGUGACCGCAUUUCGAUGGGGGCUAAAUGCGAAAACACUAGUGUACUUAGAUUUAGGUGCACGUUAAAGAACUCCAGGUGGUCUAAAUUAGUCCGGAGUCCCCUACUACACGUGCCUCAUAAUCAGACGGUGGUGUUGGCACGUAAAACCCCAUAGUCUUUUUAUAUAUUGCAGUUUAUUGUUUACUACUCAUUUUUCUCUGCGGUAUUCUAUUCUUUAGUGUUUUUUCUGCGCGGAACGUCUUCGGGCUCAGCGUGUGCGGUAUCGAAACAUCGCUUAUAUACUUCCAGGCAAACGUUACGUGGUUGUGUGUACAUAUGUUUAGCUGGCAUUCUUGUUUUCGUUACGGAAAACCCGGCUUCCGAUUGGUGGUAUGAGGGUUCUUUAAAACAAUUGAUGCCCGCACAAUUCUGAAUUCGUCAUGUCUAUAGUUACUGCAUACGACGCUCCGAAAAGCGCAAAUCGCCUAAAUGAUGCAGUCAUGUUGCAAGUUGUUGAAUAAUUUAUUACCUAAAUCGUGAAAAUUUAACGCUGUUAACCGAUGACUGACUCAUUUUAUUUCAUUUAAAUAUUUAUUUAUAUCUUAGUCACUCCCCGCAAAAAGGGUAUGCAAUAAUGUAUGGGAAUGAACACUCAAUUAGCACCAAAUAACUUCAAGCCUUAUGGAUGCCCGUGAGUGAAUUGACUGCCCUAUGGCACAGCUACAGAGCCCAGGAGCCCCAUUGUUAAGCAAUAGUUUUAUGUCAUUAAAUGGCACACCUGCAAGGCUGUUACGCGGCGUAUGUUUUUAUUUACCUUUGCUUGGGGAUCGUGACAUAAAUAAACGUGCCGUAUU